ACCCCAUUUGCUUUCUCUACCAUUCUCUCACAAUAAAAAUCAACUCAAAUAAAUAAACAAAUACAUCUAAACAAACCUCAUCUUCCCUUUCUUCUCUCCUUCAACUAUGAAACUCAAAUUCUACACUUCUUUUAUUUUCAUCUAUUAAUCUUAUUUCCAAAAUAAUUUUCCUAAUUUUCUCAUCUCACCAAAUAUUUUUCUAAACCCUAAAAAAAUAGAAAAAAAAUAGAAAAAAAAUGAGCUUAGAUGAUUCAUUGAGAUCUCUAUCGUUGGAUUAUCUAAACUUGUUAAUCAACGGUCAAGCAUUUAGCGAUGUAACGUUCAGUGUAGAAGGACGUUUAGUACACGCGCAUCGUUGUAUUUUAGCUGCGCGUAGUUUAUUUUUCAGGAAGUUUUUUUGUGGGCCGGAUCAACCAGGUGGGCUUGACCCGAGAGUAAUGGGUCAAGCCUCUUCUCCACGGGCGGGCGGUGGCCCAGUUCCGACCCAAGUAAUACCCGUAAAUUCAGUCGGGUAUGAAGUGUUUAUGUUGUUGUUACAGUUUUUGUAUAGUGGACAAGUUUCAAUUGUUCCUCAAAAACAUGAACCUCGUCCUAAUUGUGGUGAAAGAGGUUGUUGGCAUACACAUUGCACCUCCGCCGUUGAUCUUGCCCUUGAUACUCUCUCCGCCGCCCGAUCUUUUGGUGUUGAACAACUUGCUUUGCUUACUCAGAAACAAUUGGCAAGUAUGGUAGAAAAGGCAUCAAUUGAAGAUGUAAUGAAAGUAUUAAUAGCAUCUAGGAAGCAAGACAUGCAUCAACUUUGGACUACUUGCUCACAUUUGGUAGCAAAAUCAGGGUUACCUCCCGAGGUACUAGCCAAACACCUUCCUAUUGACGUGGUGGCAAAAAUCGAGGAGCUCCGACUAAAAUCCUCAAUAGGAAGACGGAGCUCCUUGAUUUCCCACCACCAUCUCCACCACCACCACCCAGAUCUAGGUCUCCCGUCUCAAGUCGAGCACGAGGAUCACAAGAUCCGUCGAAUGAGACGGGCACUUGACUCGUCCGAUGUUGAACUAGUCAAGCUUAUGGUAAUGGGCGAGGGCCUCAAUUUAGACGAGGCCCUCGCCCUACACUAUGCGGUCGAAAAUUGUAGUCGUGAAGUUGUCAAAGCUUUGCUCGAACUCGGGGCUGCCGAUGUAAAUUACCCGGCAGGGCCGACGGGCAAAACCCCGCUUCAUAUGGCAUCCGAGAUGGUUUCCCCGGAUAUGGUUUCGGUUUUACUAGAUCACCACGCCGAUCCGAAUGUACGAACCGUCGAUGGUGUUACUCCAUUGGAUAUAUUAAGGUCUUUGACCUCGGAUUUCCUAUUCAAAGGGGCAAUACCAGGGUUAGCCCAUAUUGAGCCCAAUAAACUCCGUCUAUGUUUAGAGCUUGUGCAAAAUGCUGCUAUGGUAAUCUCGAGAGAGGAUGCAAACGAUAACGACAACAAUAACAAUACUAAUACCAAUAAUAAUAUAUCAUCGACGUCGAUUUAUGCACCAAUGGGAGGUGAUCAAGAACAUACUACUAGUAGUACUAGUAGUAGUGGAAACCUUGGCAUUGAUUCAAGGAUGGUUUAUUUAAACUUAGGCGCAGUUGGUUCGGGUUCAGGUUCCAUGGGAGAUCAUCACCAACAUCAUAAUCAUCAUCCACAUCAUCAUCAUCAUCAUGAGUAUUGAAGGUGUUUUUGAAGGGGAGUUAAGUUAAUUAAUUACAUUAAAUGGGAUUACUUCAUAUAAUUUCUAGUUAAGAAAAAAAAAUGUAAUUAUCCAUCUAUUUUAGUCAAGUAAAGUACUAAAUAUAGGUGGAAAAUUAAAUUCUAGAAUUAUUUAUAUAAUUUUGUUGAAUUAAAAUUUUGAAGUAUUUGGGGUAUUUUUUGGGUAGUUGUUUGUAGGGUUUUUACCUCUUCUUUUUUGGGCAUGAUAAGUUUGAUGAUUAUUAUAUGUAAAAUGCAGUUGAAGAUGAGGAAAUUGUGAUGAAAUGAAGCUAGUUUUUUGGGUUUUGGCAAAGGUAGAAAAAAAAAAAGGAAAGGAAAAGAAAGAUGAGAAAAUAUUCAGAAGACAAAAAAGAUUAUCUGAAUUUUUUUUUUUUUUUGGGACGAUCAUUUUAUUUUAUGGUAAUGAAAGACAGAUGAAAGACCCACAGGUCAAUCUUUUCAAUUCUGGUCUGUGCAUUUCAAGU